AUGUUCACAACACUUCUUAUCUCAUCUCUUGUUGUUUCUGUUGCCUCGAGAGGAUUCGGUGGAAACCAACAACAAGGUGGGCAACAGCAAGGUGGAUUUGGUGGAAGACAUCAAGGACCACCACCACCUCCAUUUUUGCAAAAUGUAACACAAGAGGCUCGUCAAGCAUUCUUUGAUAUUGUCAGCAAUCAAAAUUUGACAAUCUCAGAAGCUGAAACUCAAACUGCCGCAUGGGCACAAACAUAUGGAGUUAGCGUAAGUUUUGAAACCAAUUGGAUUACAAAAAUAUAUUUAAAACAACUGUUUUGUUGUUCGAAAUGAAAGUGAGAGUAAAAACAAAGAUAAUAUUAUUUUUAGGACGUUUACAAUGAGUUCAAAGCUAACGUUACUGCUCACAAAAACGAAAUCAAGGCGAAUAUCACAAGCCUCAUCUCGAAUCUCUCUGCUGCACAAUCUGCUGUUCAAUCAAUUCUUGACAACAAAGAUCAAACCCGCCAACAACAACGUGAAGCUUUGGAUAAUCUUAGAACUCAAUACGCUCAAGAAAUCCCAACACUUUUCUUCAUCGCCAGUCAAUUCAGACCACACGGUGGACCACAACAAGGAGGUCGUGGAUCAUUCGGUGGAAGAUUUGGUGGAGGACAAGGUGGAUUCAGAUCUCAAGGUGGAAACCAAGGAGGCUUUGGAGGUCAACAACAAGGUGGAUUUGGUGGAAACCAAGGAGGCUUCGGAGGAAAUCAAGGUGGAUUUGGUGGACGUGGUGGAAAUCAAGGAGGAUUUAACCAACAACAACAAGGAGGAUUCUAA